AUAUGGAACUCUCCUUGGGCAAAUCUAGUUUUCGUGUUUCAAUUCAGUCUUGGCAUCACCAUCGGAUCGUUCCUUAUUCCGCAGAAGUUCUUCUGGAAGAAGCAAGCGAGAGGAAUUUAUAUCCAGUUCGAAGACUUGAAUUUUCGUGCGAAAUACUUUACCUUUGCAUAUGCGUUGGAUACGUUUUUCAUGGUCUUCAUUAUUAUAAUCAAUAUCACAAUGAUGAUUACGCUUAAAAGAAAAUACAGACUGCGGAAAUCUGCUUCAUAUUGUGCUCCGUUGAACCAGAAGGUGUUGUCGGAUAAGCAGCGCCAGGAAAAUAACCUCACAAUUGUCUCCGUUGUUACUUGUGCCAUUGAAAUAGCCUACUACUUAUACAUCUUGUACGCAUUUCUUAUUCAGCCUCAUCUAAAUACCAGGAUCUUUUAUCUAUUAUACAAUGUAUUCAAUGACAUCUACGCCGGCGCUUCAGCAUGGCUGAUACUUUCGUUUUCAACGACGCUACAGCAGCAUCUUCGCAAUCAGCUAAGGUGUUUGCCGUUGAACCAGUCGCAAAAUCACAAUACCACCAAGAUUCCAAUGUCCUCCGCAUCUCGUCUGACAUUCCGACGACCAACCGAACGUUCAUCUUUCUUGAACACCUAG